GGCUCACAGUAAAGGAGCCACAUCCCACAUUUAUGCUUCAUCUGAUUUUCGAUCACGUUCACCCACUCCGCGUGAGCAAUGACGUAUAUGCUUUAAAACCCAGAGCCAUCUAUUGUAUCGCGGGGCUCGAGGAAGAAGCCACAUUUUUUGAUAUUGUGCCAUGGCGUGCAGCGGCACCAGAAUAUUUUUGUGAGCGGGCGAGAAAAAUUGUACCGUUACUGAAUUUUUGCGUGCUCAUAUAUAAUACACACACGUGCGUGUUUUCUGUACCCGUUUUGUUGUUGUUGUUGUAGUUAUAUAUUAGCGUUGGUGAUAUUGCUGUAGCGGUUAGCUGGAGCCGUGCGUGUUAAUUCGGGCUGCUGUAUGGGUGUCAGUGCUGGAUGCUGAUAAGAACAACAAAGGCUGCAGCAGUCGGGAUGUUAGUAACGCCCUGCCUUCGAGCCUGGCCAGACGAUCGUUGCCUUUCUCUCCAAGAGCCCUCCCUUGGUCUGCCUUUGUGCAAAGAACGUCUCAAUUAAUGAGCAGACCAUAAUAGGAGGAUCAUAAACGUCGGUCACGAGGAGGAUGAUUGGAGUUGAAGACGUAUUGUGAGAUCGUGAAAGAAAGGAAGAUAAAGAAAAAAACAAUCGACAAUCGGAUAUUCGUUAUUUUAAUCUAUGGUUUAGGCUUUUCGUGUGUUUUACCAAGAUGUGUUGAUGGUUUAAAAUCCUCCAAGUGAGGAUAUGGCGCCGGUAAACAUCUUGCACUCAUCUUGAGCGGUCAGAAUCUCUCUCGUUUACGUUUUCUUCACAAUAAGAACAUCAGCAGAAGCAAGCAAAAAAGGCCAUCAUCAUUGUCGUUCUAGCGGUGGCUCUGGUGUGCGCAGGGCAGCUGUGGUCGGAAUCUUGAUGUUGGCUUCCAAACCCUGCAUCUGUGUGGGCGUCAUCACCCAUGGCGAACGCCAGCGAGGGAGCAGAGGGGAGCGUGUUUUUUCCAAGAGACCCCGCUCAAGGGCUCCCGCCAGGAGGGAAGCUGGCCGCCAUGGGCCUCAUCAUCUUCGCGAGCCUCUCCGGCAACCUGCUGCUGGCAUUCCAGGUCUUCAAGGAGAAGGGCCUCCACCGAGCCCCUUACUUCUUCCUUCUGGAUCUGUGCCUUGCGGACGCGGCACGGGCGACCGUGUGCUUCCCUUUCGUGUGGGCGGCCGUGGGCCGCGGCUCCGUGUGGCCCUACGAGCCGCUGGGCUGCAAGAUCGUGGCCUUCCUGUCCGUGCUGUCGGCCUUCCACACGGUGUUCGUCCUCUUCCUGGUGAGCAUCACGCGCUACAUCGCCGUGGCGCACCACCGCUUCUACACCAAGCAGGUGACGAUGUGGACGUGCGUCGCCGUCAUCUGCACGGCGUGGACGCUGUCCGUGGCCAUGGCCUUCCCGCCCGUCUUUGACGUGGGCACGUACAAGUUCAUCCGCGAGGAGGACCAAUGCCACUUCGAGCACCGCUACUUCAAGGCGAACGACUCGCUAGGCUUCAUGCUCAUGUUCGUCGUCGUCAUCGUCGCCACGCACGUCGUCUACUUCAAGCUCGUCUGCUUCGUCUACGAGCACCGCCGCAUGCGGCCCGAGCAGCUCGUGCCGGCCGUGAGCCACAACUGGACGUUCCACGGCCCCGGUGCGACCGGUCAGGCGGCCGCCAACUGGAUCGCCGGCUUCGGCCGCGGCCCGACGCCGCCGACCCUGGUGGGCAUUCGCCAGAACGCGGCGUCCGUGCAGAACAAGCGCCUCCUGGGCUUGGACGAGCUCAAGGUGGAGAAAAGGAUCGGCCGCAUGUUCUACAUCAUCGCCAUCGUCUUUCUGCUCCUCUGGUUCCCGUACAUCGUGGCGUGCUUCCUGCGGGUGUUCGUCAAGGGGAUAGCCCUGCCCGGGAGCUACGUGGCGUUCUCGGCGUGGAUGACGUACGCGCAGGCGGGCGUGAACCCUGUCGUGUGCUACGUGACCAACAAGGAGCUGAGGAGGUCGUUUUGGACCAGCCUGACCCACUGUCGGAAGAGCGCCUCCAUACCGCAGGAGGCUUACUGUGUGAUUGGGAGACCGUGCGAGUAAGGUCAUCUCAUCUCUCUCUCUCAUCUCUCUCGCUCGCUACACCACUCCCGUUCACCUGCCGGCCGCGCUGCGCUGCGCUUCCCUCGUCUUUUGUUUCCACCGCUCAAUUUCUCUUCCCCCUCCUCUCUUCUCUCUCUCUUGAGAAAGGCGUCCAUUUUCAAAAUAGAACAAAGCGUGCGCGUGAACGCUCUCGCGCGCGAAGCAAUGUGUGCAACACACAUCUUUGAGAAUCGGAUGGGGAGGAAAAAAAACAUUUUGAUCGGGGGGGGGGGGGGAACAAAUAUAUCGUGAUGGAAGUUAAAAUAACAAAAUGCAAAAAAAAAUAUUAAAGAUUCAUCCGGCCUAUGUACAUUAAGGAUAUAUUAAUGCUAAUUUAUUUGGUUUCUUAUCUAUUUAUGUAUUUAUUUAUUUAAUAACUUAUUGGCUCUUUGUUCAGAGCCAGCGGGUGAGCUUUAUUUAAUUGAGAUAAUGCAUAAUGUCAUCGGUUGACGGUGAUAUUUAUUACACACAUACAAUAUGUGAGCUCGAUAUUCGGUGAAAAAGGGCGCACACACACACACACACGCGUGGCCGCAUUUUUAAUAAAAAUGUGGAAAAUGACAUGAAAAAAUAAGCCCUUGCUUGUGAUAACAAAAUAAAUACAAAACAUCUGUCAUGAUUUUUUUUUGUGUGGGAGGAGGGGGGGGGUAACACACCAUCGUCCCAGAGUUCAUUGUGCAAAGCGUUCAAGAAAAAUGCAGUUCAUCAUCGGCCAGGGUACCCUCUUUUGGUUUUGAUGAAUUUCGGGAGAGAAAAAAAAUGAUAAACGAUCCGUGCUGAAUUUUUCAUGCAGCCGCAUAACCCCAUUGUUGUUGUUAGCCGUUGAAGCAUUUUUCAUGCAGAUGUUUGUAAGCUGUAUUCCCCUUUGGGAAACAUAAGGGUACUGUUAUUGCUUUGUAAAUACGGUUAUAAUUUAAACUCAGAUGAUGCUUUUUAUAUACUUGCAGUCUGGCUCGCCUGAAACGUCUUAGGAUCGAUGUGCUAUCACUGUUGUUUAAGGCUUAGAUUUCCUUUCUCUUUUAAAUGCAUAGAUAGUUAUAGAGAAGUAUUAGUUAUGAGGAUUAGGGGUUGUUAAAGUGAAUGGGCUAAUAACUUAAUAUAUAUAGGAUAAGAUAAUUUUACUUCAUUCCCAUCACUGUAAAAAAAACACACUAUCAUCUUUAAAUUAUGUAUUCGGUGAAAAAAAAAUGUUCCCUUUGUUGUAAUAAUGUUGAACUUAUGAGCUUUGCACUCUUUUUUAACAAAAAAUGUCAAAAAAAACACUUUUUGUGCCAUUUUUCCCAUAGAUACACCUUCUCCUUUUCUUUUGAAGUAUUACUGGGGAAAAUGAAUAAUAACGGAUCCACUGCAGAGGAUAUUUUUCUAAGACUUUUGCAUAAACGGAUGGGCCCUUGUUCAAGACAAUUUGUACAGAUAUUUUGGUACGUCAUAUCCAAGUGGGGGUGGGGGGGACGAACAAACCGCUAUGCCGCAGUUCCAUUGUGCAGGAUGCAGCUAUGAAAGGCCCCUGAAUAAUGGGAGUUACAGACUUCACUAAACAUUCGCUUUGCUCCUUCAUUUUGCAUUUUUAUCCUGAUGUUCGGGCGUGUACACGGAAAAUUAAGUUUGAAAUAAAAAAAAAACCUUGAGGAACCCUCA